ACAACGUGUGCUUGUGUGUGCAGUAAACAAUUCGCGGAUAUCGCGCGCUGCGUGCUGUGCGACACGAUCGUUCGGAUUAGGCACCGGUAUAAAUAGAAGGACGAUAAACGCGUAUUAGAUUAUUAUAGUCGAGCCGAUUGCGACGCAGCGGAUAUACAGGAUUUCAUUUUGUUGUACACGCAGUAUUGGACGAUUAGUAUAAAAAAAAAUAAGGAAUCAGUGUCCGAAAAUGUCGAAUUUGCCACCUACCUAUGUGGAGGGUUUCCACGAUUUGGAGGCGGUCGAGUCUAUGGAGUACAGACCGCUGGGCAAGACCGGUUUAUUGGUCAGCAAACUGUCCCUCGGCUGUGGAACGCUGGGCUGUCAUUACGGAAAAUACAACGAGGAAGAGGCCAUAGAGACCGUGAGAACGGCCAUAAGGAAGGGAAUCAAUUACAUCGACACCGCGUACUGGUAUGGACAGGGUCAAUCCGAGACUGUCCUCGGCAAGGCACUCAAAGGAAUUCCUCGAGCUGCGUAUUACAUAGCUACGAAAGUCGGCAGGUACGAGCUAGACUACGAGCGCAUGUUUGACUUUUCGGUAUCGGAGACUCGCAAGAGUGUCGCCAGGAGCUUGAAAUUGCUUCAACUCGAUUAUGUAGACGUUAUUCAGGUUCACGACGUUGAAUUUGCCCCAUCUUUGCAUGUGGUGACCACUGAAACAUUACCAGAGCUGUCGCGACAAGUUCGAGAUGGCAAAGCAAGAUUCAUUGGCGUCACAGGAUAUCCCGUAUCUGUCCUCAAAGAGUGUAUAGAACAAUGCAACAUUCGGAUCAGCCUCAUCCUCUCUUACGCUAGAUACACUCUCAUUGAUGAUACACUCUGCGAGUACAUGCACUUUUUCAGGGAAAACAAUAUUGGAGUAAUAAAUGCAGCAGCACCUUCCAUGGGAUUGCUAACGAAUAAAGGACCGCCAGAAUGGCAUCCUGCUUCUAAAAUGGUGAAGCAGCUUUGUAAAGAAGCUGGACAAUAUUGUCAAGAACGUGGAAUUGAGUUGGGCAAAUUAGCGGUUUGGCAUUCUUUGCAGUGUCCUGAUUUUGCUACUAAUUUAAUUGGUAUGCAAAAUUUAAAAGACUUGGAAAUGAAUUUAAACACUCUGAACCAUGGAAUCACAGAUGAAGAAGAAAAAACUUUAAGUUUCAUUAAAGAAAAAUACUUGUCAAAAAUAGUUGAAAAACACUGGGAAGGAGAUGAAAUUUCCAGAUAUCGCAAAGCAAUGUCCAAGUCUUAAAUUUAAAAUUAAAAUUGUUGAAU